GAGGGGGUGGGGAAUGUGAUUGGAAAUAUAAUCAGCUCUCAUUUCACAGCAGCCAACCUGCGGAAUAAGUCGCAUCAGUGCGGCCUCGGAGAAUGUUGCAGGCACUGAACUUGCUCCUGAUCCCCCUGCUCCUGGCGGCGGCGGACAAGGAGAGUCCGGAGAAAGCUGGGAAGAACGGGAAUUUUCUGGAGGAUGAGCAAUGGCUGGCUAGUGUCUCCCCGUACAGCCAGCAGAUCAGAAAUUGGAACCGAUUCAGAGACGAUGAUUACAUCCGAACAUGGGAUCAGAAUCAGGCCUUUGAUGAGGCACUGGAUCCCACCAAGGACCCAUGUCAGAAGGUGAAGUGCAGUCGUCACAAAGUGUGCAUCUCCCAGGGGCAGGAGAGGGCCAUGUGCAUCAGCCGGAAGAAACUACAACACAGAAUCAAGCAGUCAUCCGUGGAACAAGUGGAGAGCCCCUGCAAGCCAUGCCAAUCAGUUCAAAUGUCUCCUGUUUGUGGCACAGAUGGGCACACAUACACUUCUCAGUGUAAACUGGAGCUGCAGGUAUGUCUGACUGGGAAACAGCUUACCCAACAGUGUGAAGGCAAGUGUCCAUGUCCAACAGAGCGCACAUCGACCUCUGAUCCAGGGAACAAACCAGCUGGAUGCACAGGCCAGGACCUCGCAGAUCUUGGCGACCGACUCAGGGACUGGUUCCAACUGCUGCAUGAAAAUGCCAAGCAGAACAGCUCCGGCAGGCCAACAGACAAUGUGUUGGAUAAGAGCUUGGUAGCAAGCUGCAGGGAUUCGAUUGGCUGGAUGUUUUCCAAGCUGGAUACUGACGUGGACAUGUUCUUGGAUGAGACAGAGCUUGCGGCAAUCAACCUGGACAAAUAUGAAGUCUGCGUGAGACCGUUCUUCAACUCCUGUGACACUUACAGGGAUGGACAGGUUUCCAUGGCCGAGUGGUGUUUCUGCUUCUGGAGAGAAAAGCCCCCCUGCCUAGUUGAACUGGAAAAGAUCCAACUGCAAGAGGCAGCACAGAAGGUGCCUGGUACCUUCAUCCCAAGCUGUGAUGAGGAUGGCUACUACAGGAAGCUGCAGUGCAACACCUACUCUGGCGAGUGUUGGUGUGUUGAUCAGCAAGGCAGUGAGGUGACUGGAAGCCGUGUGAAAGGGAACCCUGACUGCGAUGAUGUGAUAAGUUUCUCGGGAGACUUCGGCAGUGGAGUCGGAUGGGAGGACGAGGAAGAGAAAGAAGCAGAAGAGAACGCUGAAGAAACGGAGGAGGAGGAGGGUGAAGUUGGGGAGGCCGAUGAUGGUGGUUACAUUUGGUAGAAAAGCAACAGCUACACAGUUAGCACUACCAGCCAUUUGGCACAUAUUCCUCACUCUUCAUAAGCCACUUUGACUGAUAAUUAUCUCAUCCUCUGUCCCACAGUGUACAUGAUCACCAAUGACAUCCCUGGCACCAGUGAGUACAUCAUUGACACUAUUAACUGCACUAUUUCACAUGACUGAUUUAUCACAGUAAAUACUGAGAAAAGCAAGAUACCAUCAGUGAGUGACCCUACUCAUCAGUAGAGUUGCCAACCACAGCCCAGAGUGUCGUCAAAGCUUCAGUAGGGAGAGGGUUGAAUGAGGGACUCUUUGCUGUGGGAAACACUAUCAAAAUAGUGAAAUAGAGAGAUAAGGAACAGCUGUUUCAUUCUGAAGUAAUGUUAGUUGAGCGUACCGUACACCAUUUGCCCCUGCUGUCCCUUGCUGGUUGAUCCUCACCACAACCUGUCACCCACAGGCUGUCACUUACCACCCCUCUACAUUGGAAGUUGCAGAGGUUUGUUUCAUGAGUUUUUAUUAACAUUUGCAAGUGGGGAAGCUGAAGGUCAUCCACCUGUGGUAGUGAGAGGAAACAGCUACAGGAAACGCCCUGAUAAAGUCCAAGUGCAGUUGUUUGCCAGCUACACCCCAGCCUUGGGUAAUACAGAAGGGAAAAUCACAACAACCAGACUUCGGGGAGAAAACAGCAAUCACGGCACAUUGGGGUGAACAUUUGACUUUGGCCGUGAGCGCUGAACAGAUGCAGCAGUGGAACCAGUUGCUGGCACGGCACAGUCGAUGCAACGGGCCUGUUUGGCAUGAGCAGUCAAAAACAAAUCACUGCCCCAUGUGAAAAGUGUAGGGACAGCACGGCUGGGAGGAAGCUCGGCAGCACACUGGGGGCCUUGGCAUGAGGAAUAAGUGUGUGUCCAGGUUGUGAUCUGGUUUGAUGGCAGACGCCACCCAAUGGCAGAUGGUUCAAUGCUAUCAGCACAGGACAGAACUGCUGAACAGGCAUCUUCAAUGUUUUUGUUUUCGGAACGGCCCAUGUUUCUCUCUGGAAGCCAUUUGAGACCGACUAGAGCACUGGAAAGAUAUGACUGAAGGUAAACCCCUGAGUGAAACAGUAUCCUUAGCAGAACACUUACCCUAUCGACAAACACCCGGUUCAAUGUCAGUAAUUCCUGCUACCAGGCCUGGCAGUGUGGACAUACACAAGUGUUGAAGAGUGCUGGAGUUGUUGGUAUAGUGUUAGUGAAAUGUUUUCUUUUAUUGGUGCUUGUGCCCAGUGUUAAAUUGACCUUCACACACAAUCCACCCACUCCUUCUCCAUAAUAUCCGGUUGAAAGUAUACCAGCAAAAACUAUACACUGCUGAAUGAUAACAACGAUUGUCUAAUUCACUAGGUGUGUAGGAAGAGAACACACUCUCUUCUUCUGUCUAUCUCUCUGUCUCUCUUUUUCUCUCUCUCUCUCUCUCCCUCUCUCUCUCUCACACACACACACAAUUUUACAUAUAUGUGUACUCACUUAAAUUUACACACUUGUGUACUUUCAUGGACUUUCUCACACACACACAACACACACAUACAUUCAGAUCCAUUCCUAGUUGCUUGUGCUAUUUCUUAGCAAGUGUUGACUGAUGGAUAACAGAGAAAUGUCACACAGGAGCAGUGGAAAGGGGAAUACUCUGAAGUUGCAGCUAAGACCCUGGGGAGUAAAAUUGCCCCACUCUCUGCUCGUCCAUUCUUUUUGAAUUAGGAACAAUGUCUUUUUGUUGUUAGUAACACUGGACUUCCUUGGGAUGUCCUGACACACACAGUGACUGAAUCAGAGCAGUAUAGAAGCUGCCUAGCUCUGCAGGAUCAUUUAUUUCAGCCAGCACAGGUACAGUGGGGGAAAUACUGAUGACACAAGGGUUAGAAUAGUCACAGUGCGACCAAACCAUGUGAGCCAUUCAAGAGGCGGUUUUACAGUGGGUUGGAGAGAUGGGAGAUGCAGGGGGCAUGGGAUCAUAGGUUUCUUUUGGAAAGAUCAGCAAGAAUUCCUUGUUUAUCAUAAUGCCAACCCUUGGUACUGUCAUGGUAAAAGGUGCACUGACACACACAAGCGGCCUGCACACUGAUCUGACCCCUCACACAUUCCGAUCCUCCCCCCAUACUCUGUGCUCCACACAUACCUGCACCCCCACAUACAUUGACCUCCACCCAUGCCGACUAUUGCGCUGAUUCUCAUGCUCGUGCUGACUCCCACAGUGACUAGUACUGAUCUCCCAAACAUUAAGCCUCGCCUGAACAAUUGCAGAUGUUUGGGGUUACAUUAGGAAGCCGCAGCCUCUAGAAGCGAACUUUUCUUGGGUUUUUCAUGUGCUCUGAUGCAAGGUGGUCCCAAAAGUUUCCUUUUCACUUUGGACCAUGGUGUCAGUUGCCUGAUUUUACUCACUGGUUAAACUUUACUCCCAAUUUCAUUGGGUUUUUGAGUGAACAAAGUCAGGAGCAGCUUCUUACAGGAUGGCCCAGCUAAUAUUGUCUGUUUUACGUCCUCCCUCAAAGUCAAAAUUCCCUCCAGCCCUUUCUCUCCACCAGUCUGCUAACGGUGUAAAAGCAAAGGCACAAAAGUACCAUCAAGCAUGAUGUAACAAUAGCCAUGCAUCGUUAUAGAUCGUACCUCUGGACCAAAACAGAGAAGCGAAGAGCAAGAUCGCUCUUGUUACAACUUGAGCUGUUGUGACUUUAUUACCCGAGCAUCCUCCCUGAACAAUGAUUAGUUGAGUGUGUGUUUGUUUGGGCUGACCAGUUUGAAUUGACCUACACCGUUCCUCCACUUUCCACUAACAUUUGCUUUAUGUUUGUGUGAUUUGUAGCACAGAGCACUGACAGCCAUACACUUGGCCCGAAACCAUCCUCUUGAUUGUAGCAUUCACUAUAUCCUCCAGUUAAUUACUGCAAAACUAACUCCAAUUUUUUACUUCACUAUUCCAUGUGGGUGUGACAACUUUUGCGUUGUGUGUGUGAUGUGAUCAUGGGUCCCGUGUAGUUCAAGUUUGUAAGUGAAAAUCGUUUGAAGAUCAGGUAUUACAGUGGUGUGAUGUUAUUCACCGCUACAGAUCAAUGGAUCUGUUGAAGCUGUAGGAGUGACCACAGAGGGUACUGGAGUGCAUUAGUGUAGUGUUUAGAGAUAUUAGCACUGUUUGAAAUAUGGGAAAGAACUAAAGAGUUUCUUAAGGUUUGGGGAGAGAAUGGAUCAACAAUUAAGAAUGGGGGAACGUGUCCAUAACAGAAUGAUCAUACCUGGACUUUAUCUUAAGGAACAAAUGUUUAUGCUCUUGCUUUAGAUUUUAUUGUGUUCUUGUAUAUAAAGGGAAAGGUGAGCACUGCAAUAUGGCUGAACCAUUAGGGUUUAAUUCCCCGUCCAAGACAAAAAUACCUUUUUAAUAUUAGCAUAACUGAUAAGGCAAAGGCACCAGAGACUCCAUCCAAAUGCAACUUUUGUCCGUUGAUAAAUGGUUAAAGGAAAGUUACUAAAAAAAGUUAACAGUUACCUUAUGUUUGCAUGCCUGACUUUCAAAGGAGCAAAUGUGCAACACAUGUCUGCUUAAACUGUAUGAUCAACGUGUAGCACAAUGUAGACAAAUAGAGGGUGCAAUGUAAAGUCAAGGAGUAGUUCGAAGUAGAGUGCAGUCCCACUCCUGCACAGUACUAGAGAUAUUUAGAGAAGGUGGGUUGGGGGAAGGAGAGGAAGGUCAGAGGAACACUAAUGUCACAAUAUGGCUGUGAGGAGUUCUAUCUGAUUCCCUUGUGUGGACCAUUGAGAUAAUCCAUAAUGCUCUAAUAAUCUGUAUGUAGAUCAAUCUCAAUCCCAUAUUUCAUUCACUGGAUAGAUUAAUGUAUGCCUUGAGGUCCAUGGGAUUUACCCAGAAUGUAUAAAUCUUGUUGUACUGAAUGUUAACUGCUUGGAGAUGUCUUAUUCUCAAUAUUUACAUUGUAUUUGAUAAUAAAAUAACCCAUUUAUCCGAA